UUGAGGAAAAGAAUAAGGUUGUAGAAUUGACUUGUCAUAUUUCAAAUUCAUAUGCAGCAUGGCACUACUCCUUGGAUUUAACCAUGCUUGGUUGUUGGGUUAAGAAGUUUUUUCAAACUCCACAUUCUUCUCAAAAGAAUAUACAAAGUAUUGGCUCUGGAUGCCAUGUACUUUUUUCUAAAAAAGAGUCUCAACUUUUUAAUACUAAAAAAACAAAAGAUAAAUUUAAAAGGCUUGCAAUUGAAAAGUUUAAUAUCUCAACACACUGGUUCGUUAUUUGCCUUUGUCAAAAAAAUGAUUACUUUCUUGAAAUGAUUGCAAACAUGAACAAAAUGCCAGUUUAUUUUGAUAUAGCAGGUGUCAUAACUGUGAACACCAAAGAUGCAAAGACAGUUCAUCCUCUUGAUAUCUAUAUCAACAAACCUUUCAAAGAUAAGCUUUAUAAGUAUUGGUAUAGAUGGAUGACAAAUGGUGGCAAUGAACCCAAUAAAGAAGAUAAAGAGUCUAAUGAAAACUAUAAAACUGGUGAUGAAAAUGAAACUAGUAAUAUGAUGGAUAAUUAUAAGUGGCCAGAGUACUGGGUUGUUAUUUGA